AUGACCAUCAUCUCCUGGGACCCAGAGGAGAUCCAGAAAUGUACAACUGGCAGGUACAAAUCCAAGCUUCACAGUGCAACAGACUGUCUUGUAGGCCUGACAGUGGAGCAGAAAUGUGAGCUGGCUCAGUGGGAGCUGAGUGAGGUGGAGAAUGAGAUUCAGAGGACGAAGGAGGACUCAGAGCAGACCUUGCAGAGCCUCGAGGCAGUCACAGAAGAAGCAGACGUUUGGUGGACUGAUGUUAAGCAAGCCCUCAGAGACUUUGAGAAUGACAUCAUCAGCGUGAUUUCCUGCAAGAGAGGGAGUAUCAUAGAUUCUCAGAAGCUGCUGGGAUACAUGGAGGAGAAGAACCGCCAGAGGGAUCUGCUGAGAGAGAAGUUGCGCUUAAAAAAUUACUUGCUGAAGGGUUACAAGAAGAAGCUUCAGAAGCAGCUCAGGCAGAAGGAGCAGGUGGGAGAAACACCCUGUGAGGUCCGUUUGCAGCAGCUACAGGUUAGGAAUGCCCAGUGCCAGAAGAAGAUGGAUGAGAAGAACCAGGAGCUGCUGCAGUUAAAAACUACCUCAGCAAAGACUGUCCAAGUUCUCAAGUUCUAUAAAAGGAAGCUGCAGGAUGCUGUGGAAACAUCCACAACUCUGAUGAAAGACAUCUCCCAGAGGAAGCAGCUGCUGGAGAAAACUGAAAGAGAAGCUGCUCUGGUGGAGGAGCAACAAGCUCAAGCUGAGAGUGUGAACUGGCAGCUGCAGAAGCAGCUUUCAGACCACAGAGCGCCCCCUGUGCUGAGUUACCUGCAGCAGAAGAUGGGUGUUACCGACCUCAAGAGCAGCCUCAAGACUUGGCAGAGGAAGGAGGCUGUUGCCAAGAUGUCCUUGCAAAGCUACCGCAGAGCAUGGAAACAGGUCAAGAUGUAUGGUAACCAGUACUAG